AUGAACGUUGAUGCGAAUCAGUGGGUAACAUUUGAAAAGGAAGUAGAUAAAGAUAUAAAUAAGAUUAACAAAAUGAUUUUCUCAAUGUUCAAUGGUUCAAGAGGCAAAACACCUCGCACUCCUCGAAAUUCGUCUGAACAUAGAGCACCAAGAAAUAGAGCACUCUCACCAAACUAUCAAAGAAGUUUUCCUCAGAAAACUAUUCAGAUGAGAAUAGCGGAACUCCGUCAAGCUGAUCCAGAUGUUCCAUAUACAAACUACACGAAGUUUCCUUUAAGGCCAAAUGCUUCAGCAAGAAUAUGGCGGCCGCGAUCUAUACCAGGAUUGGAUAUUCCUGCAAGGACAAACCCUGCCGUUAUAACUUCAGAGAAUUUUCAAAGAAAUGGUUCAAGUCCUACUAUGUAUGCAACUACCCAUAACUGA